CUGCAACUGCAGUGCCGGCUACAGGCAGCACCAGUUCCUCAUCAGGGAUCAGGGCUCCGAGCGGGAGGCUGAGAGGUGAUGAUGGAGGUCGUGGAAGCAUUCUCAGGGCGACCCCAGCUGCUGCCCUGGGGAGCUGGAGUCGUUGCUCUGCUUUUGACAAUUGUGACUGUGUGGUCCCUGCCCUCCCUGAUGGAAUACUGGAGGCAAUGGUGGAUGUUGAACUCGAUCCCGGGUGUCAGCCCCUGCUAUCCUGUGCUGGGAAAUGCCCUGCUCUUGGAGCGGAAAGGAGAAGAUUUUUUUAAACAGCUACAACAUUAUGCUGAAGAGUUCAGAAGCUGGCCAUUGUUCAAACUUUGGAUAGGACCAGUGCCUGUCAUGGUUUUGUAUCACCCUGACAAUGUGGAGGUUAUCCUGAACAGUUCAAAACAUAUAGAAAAAUCAUACCUGUACAAAUUCCUGCAUCCGUGGCUGGGCACUGGACUUCUGACAAGCACUGGAGAUAAGUGGCGGUCACGGAGGAAGAUGAUAACUCCCACAUUCCACUUCGCAAUCUUGAAUGACUUUCUAGAGGUCAUGAAUGAGCAAGGAAAUAUUUUGGUGGAGAAACUUGAGCAGCAUGUUGACAAGGAGCCAUUUAAUGUCUUUAUGGAUAUCACUCUAUGUGCCCUUGAUAUCAUUUGUGAAACAGCAAUGGGCAGGAAUGUGGGUGCCCAGAAGAAUAAGGAUUCUGACUAUGUUUCUGCUAUCUACAGGAUGAGUGAUCUAAUCCAACGGCGACAGAUGAGCCCUUGGCUUUGGCCUGAUUUUAUAUAUAUAUUGUUCAAAGAAGGAAGAGAGCACAAGAGGAACCUCAACAUCCUUCACAAUUUUACAGAUACAGUCAUUGCAGAAAAAGCGGAGGAACUUAAAAGCACCAAGCAAAAGAAACAUGAUAGUGAUGCCAACUGUGAAGAAAAUGGUUCCAGAAAGAGAAAAGCAUUCCUGGACAUGCUGCUGAAUGCAACAGAUGAUGAAGGGAAAAAAUUGAGCUACAGGGACAUUCGUGAGGAAGUGGAUACUUUUAUGUUUGAGGGCCAUGAUACAACAGCAGCUGCUAUGAACUGGGUCUUGUACUUGCUUGGACAUAAUCCAGAAGUUCAGAAGAAGGUUCAAAGGGAAUUGGACGAGGUGUUUGACAAUACUGAACGUUCUGUUACAACGGAUGAUUUGAAGAAUCUCCGAUACCUUGAAUGUGUUGUGAAAGAAGCUCUUCGUCUCUUCCCUUCAGUUCCCAUGUUUGCCCGUACCUUGAGAGAGGAUUGCUGUAUUAAGGGACAUCAGAUACCAAGAGGUGCAAAUGUCCUUGUUUUAACCUAUGCCUUGCAUAGAGACCCUGAGAUUUUCCCUGACCCAGAGGAGUUCAGGCCUGAGCGAUUCCUCCCUGAAAAUAGUAAGGGAAGGCACCCAUAUGCUUAUGUGCCCUUCUCAGCUGGUCCCAGGAACUGCAUUGGUCAGCGCUUUGCACAAAUGGAGGAGAAAACUCUUCUAGCCCUCAUCCUGCGGCGCUUUUGGGUAGAAUCAUGUCAAAAGCCAGAAGAGCUUGGUUUAUGUGGAGAAUUGAUUCUUCGUCCAAAUAACGGCAUCUGGAUUAAACUGAAGAGGAGACCAAAUGCUGCAUCAGAAUAAAAGGAAUUUUAAGAGUUUACUUCCAAAAUGGUUUCAAUCUAUUUAGGCUGAGACAUAUUUUAAAAUCAAAUAUUUUGAUAUCAGCCCAGCAAUUUGUUAAAACUAUUUGUUACUGUUUUAUUAAAAAAGAUGUAGUAAUAGCUCUAGUUGCUCUACUUUUAUAGUGCUUGUAAACUUCAUGUUAAUCUUGGAAAUGCAAGUCAUUGAAACUUAAGUUUUAGUGCCUUAUCUGCUCAGAUGAAGCUAUUCUAUUGCCACAGUGCCACAAAAACUUUAGCUAUGGUAAUAACAACAACAAUGCCUGUGAUGAUCAGCUUACAUGCCAUGGCAUUUUCCAAGUAGCUGGAAGUCUCAAGUAUUUUUAAGGUUUUCAGGUUUCUUUGGUUCUGAAAAAUACAAGUGAUAAUCCUUCUUCUUGGCACACCAUUUUAUUUUUUUGUCAUGACUGCCUCUGUAAAGAUCAAGCAAAAAUCUCUGAUAAUUUCAUUCCUCCUUGGUAAACAUUUACAGUAGUUUGUGAAAGGAGUGAUCUGAAUUAUUUUUUGGCAAACUGUACCAAAAGCAUUAAUCUGUAAAAACAUAGCAGGAACGAGACAGUAUGCAAAUUAAACACAGAAUUUCACAAUAACAGAAGCAAUUUAUUAUUACAAACUUUGACAAUAAACUUCUACUAUGCCUCAAUGUAGACUGAAA